GAUGAGAGGCAAUAGGGUUAAAGCGGAAUGAAGAGAGUGAUUUUUCAGGUGAUGAAAUUUAAGGAGGUGAGGCCAGGUAGGAUGGGAAAAGAUUUGCGGCUUGACAUCAGAAAAGUCUCAUCGCAUUGAGGAAGAUUUAUUGAUGGCCCAAAACCAGGGAUUUUCGAAGCCGGUAGAUGCUCAUUGAAUGUCUGUAUAUGAGUAAAAGAAAUCAGAUAAAUUACUGGGGAAUAAGGAUUUAGGAUAUUAUUGACAUUUCACGUUUACUGAGUAAGCUAGGCAUCCUGCAGAAUGCAAAAACGCUGAUUUGGAGCACUGGUCCUGAGCCUACAGAGAGUCUCAGGAGUGGGUGCUUUGGCACAUAUGGGAUGGCAUGAGCAGGAGGGAUCAGGAGCUUAUUGAGGCCUGGGACUUUCCUUUGAAUUCCGACUUUGUGUAAAGCUCCCAAGGCUGCCCCUUGUUUAUCUUGGCAUUGACCCUAGUUAGCCCAUGUUGGAAAUAAGCAGGAGGUCAUGUUGUGAAAUGCUGUUGAUUUCCUAAUCUGAUUUUUUUUUUUUGCCUUUCAGUGGAAUGGUUGAAGGAAAUCAGUGGUUUUCCCUUUAAAAAAAUCUUUAUAGGCGUAUAGGGCCAGAGAUGGUUACAGAAAUUUUAUACAAAUGAAGCUCCAGAAAUAUGGAACACAUGAAAAUGGGCUGCCUCCUAAGUAACUGGGGGAGAACCCAGCUGGUGCCUAGGCAACCCCAAAUGGGGACAGUGCUCCCAAAUGCCCCAGUCUAGUUAUGGCUUGUUUAGGGUAUUUGUGAAGAAACUCAGCUUUUAUAAUUAAUGUUUUUGAGUCAUCUGUAGCUAUUUAUUUGAUCCUAUAAAGAAAUCAGAGGAGAAAUUCACUUCUUAUGAACAUAAUAUAAAGAAAAUAAUCCUAAAACCUGAGAUGAAAAGCUAGAGUAAUCUCCCUGGGUAUUGGAUUUUUUGUUUUGUUUUGUUUUCAUCUUGGCCCAGAGCCUUGGGUACUAGGAUAUUAAUGAAUAAUUGAAAGGCUAGCCAGAAGAAGGGGGAUUUGAAAGAUAAUGUUGCAUUAUAGAUCAGGUGAAGGAGGCAAAGGGGGGGUGCAGUUUGGGAAAAAUAUGUGGAGAGAAAAUUGAGAAGGGAGAAAGCAGAUGACACAGCUAAUGCAAGGCAAGCAAAAUGAGAGGAAAUUGGAAUGAUAAACCAGUGUAAAGAGUUUAGGAAGAAGGAAAAGCUUGAAUUUCAUAUAAAAUGCCAGAAUGGGAAGAGGAGGGCAUAAAGUAGAAUGACCUUAGCAAGAUGUGACAAUGGAAUCGUCCCACAUGAACAGUUAGUAGGGAUGGCUGCUGGACUAAGUAGAAGUUGAUGCCUUUCUUGAAUAACUAAUAUAAGAAGGAAUAAUUUCAUUCUUCAGAUGAUUCUUUAUUCAGAAAUGCCACUUCUCAAAAGGGACAAGAGUUCUGUGGGCAGAAACUGUCUUCUUUUUAUUUUCAUUUUUAUGUCCAAUUUUGAGAAGGUGCACAGAGGGCAGCAUCACGAGAAGGAGAUUUCCCGAAGCCGAAUUCCCCGUUUGAUCCUUCGGCCUCACCUGCCCCAGCAGCAGCAGAAAGUAUCUCCAGCAUCUGAAUCUCCCUUCUCUGAGGAGGAGAGCAGAGAAUUCAAUCCCAGCAGCUCUGGGCGUUCAGCAAGGACCAUUAGCAGUAACAGCUUCUGCUCAGAUGAUACCGGGUGCCCAAGUAGUCAGUCAGUAUCUCCUGUGAAGACUCCCUCAGAUGCUGGAAACAGUCCAGUCAGCUUUUGUCCUGGAAGUGAUGAAGAUUUUACCAGAAAGAAAUUUAAUAUUGGAAUGGCUGUUGAAGGAAAUACCCAGUCCUCCCGCUAUAAGAAGGAACCAAAGGCAUGCCUCACCAAGCCAGGUAGCGAGGCUGACUUUAGCUCUUCAGGCAGCACUGGCAGCAUCUCGGCUCCCGAGGUCCAUAUGUCCUCCUCCACUGCUGGAAAUAAGCGAGCCUCUUUUCCACGCAACCGUGGUCCCCAUGGACGGAAUAACGGAUCUUCAUCUUACAAGUCUGGCAACAGCCCACCUUCACGUGAGAAGGACCUUCUAUCUAUGUUGUGCAGGAAUCAACAGAGCCCUGUUAAUGUCCAUCCAAAUUAUGGGCCUUCAUCUCCCAGCAGCAGUAACUCAGGCUCAUAUAAAGGAAGUGAUAGCAGCCCGAUCAUGAGGCGGCCUGGGAGAUAUAUGUCUUGUGGUGAAAAUCAUGGUGUUAAACCCCCAAACCCAGAGCAAUAUUUGACUCCCCUGCAGCAGAAAGAGGUUACAGUGAGACACCUCAAAACCAAAUUGAAAGAAUCUGAGAGCCGACUACAAGAGAGGGAAACAGAAAUUGCAGAACUCAAAUCUCAGUUGGCCCGUAUGAGAGAGGACUGGAUCGAAGAGGAGUGCCAUCGGGUGGAAGCUCAGCUAGCCUUAAAGGAGGCAAGAAAAGAGAUUAAGCAGCUAAAGCAAGUCAUUGAGACCAUGAGGAGCAGCCUGGCUGAUAAAGACAAGGGAAUACAGAAGUACUUUGUAGACAUAAACAUCCAAAAUAAGAAAUUGGAAACCUUACUUCAGAGUAUGGAGAUGGCCCAGAAUGGAUCUCUGAGGGAUGAGCAAUGUCUAGACUAUCUCUGUGAUUCCCCAGAGAAAAGUUUACCUCCCAGCACUAUCUAUGGCAAAAUGGCAGAUGCACAGGCUUUGGAAGACCAAACCACAGAAGAAGGAGCUGAGAGUGAGUUACUGGCCAUUGAAAGCACAGAGAAUAGCACAGAUUUGUUUGAAGAGAUUAUGAUGGCCACUACUACAGAGGCUGGUGACCUGUCCCUCUUACAAUCCACAUCCAUUUCCUCACCACUUGAAACAAAGGCAUUUGAAAUGGCCCCAGUCAGUCAGGAGGAAUGCUGUGUGGUGACGGAACAGGCCAUUCAGACUGAUGUGGUGCCAUAUACUCCUGAUGUAGAGCAGCUCAUUCAGAAUAUGCUCAAGUUGCAAGACCCCCAUCCCUCAAGCCCAUCAUCCCUCGAUGAGUCUGAGGCUGACCUGAUAGAAAGCUUCCCGGAGGCCACAUCUGCUUUGAUGAUUGAUCUCACACCGAGUGAUCCAAACUCUGCCAUUCUUUUGUCUCCUAUGGAGACACCAUACAGCAAGAUGGAAGUUGGAAGUCACGAAAACCGGGUCAUGAGGGAACUGGAUUUCAUGGCCUACCCUGAAGAAAGGUUUGGCAAUGUCAUUCAUCUCUCUCAGGCAGGAAUCGUGAAGCAGUACUGGAGCAACAAUUUUCUGGUGGAUCUUUUGGCCGUAGCAGCCCCUAUAAUCCCCACGGUUAUGUGGGCAUUUAGUACUCAAAGAGGUGGCAUUGAUCCAGUCUAUAAUAUUGGAGCAUUACUCCGGGGCUGUUGUCUGGUCGCCCUGCAUUCUCUCCGCCGAACCCCAUUCCAUAUUCAAACCUAAACAAAGGUUGCCAUCAUCCUGUGCCAGUUUGUUUUGUGUGGUGUUGUGCCAGGUAGAAGAGCAGCAUUUCUUGUGAUGCUCUGUCCAAGAAUGUGUCUUAUCUAAUGACAGUCUUCGUCCUGUCGUUUGCUUCUUGGUAUUUGAUUUGCACUAUAUAUAGUUGAAUGCCUAUUCACUGUUUAAAAACCGGAGGUAUCUUCAAAAGGCAUGGAGACCUGACCUGGUUUAAGUCAAUGUCCCUUAACUGUGGUAUGGAAAGCAUGCUAAUGAUCCUGCGGUGUCGUCUGAGGUACCAGCUCUUAUACUAGUGGUUCAGGAAGAGGAAAAAUAAAUAAAGGUUUGCACUUUCAAGGCAGCUUACAUAAGGCUGGCAUGUGUCUCCUCGCUUUGCUUUGUGCCGUUUUAAAGUGUGUGAUUGUCCCAGCAUUUCAAUGGUCUUGUGCAUAGCAGGGGAUUGUAACCAAAAAUAAAAAUGCAUUCUUGUAAUUGGUUUGGAGAAGUCUUGAUAGCUCUUUUGGUGUUUUACUUAGAUCUGAAAAGGUAUGAGUGUUGGACAAAGUUUAUAUAUUAAAUGUAGUUCCAGAGUCUUAAAUGAACUGUUUGUUCUUAAACCUGUUAAUUAAUGAAGCUGUACUCAAGUUUACCAUGUAUUAACUAAUUUUUGCUUAUUAUCUAUAGCUGUUUCAUUGGAAAUUAUGUUUGUAAUCAUAAAUUAAAAGCAUGUUGAAAAUGCA